AUGAAUUUAGAAUUACUCGAAUCAUUUGGACAAAAUUAUCCGGAGGAAUUUGAUGGUACCCUAGACUCAAUAUCAUUGGCAGCAACAUGUGCAUUCAAUAGACGAGGGACUUUAUUAGCAGUAGGGUGUAAUGAUGGUAGGAUAUUUAUAUGGGACUUCUUGACACGGGGGAUAGCUAAAUCAAUAUCAGCUCAUGUCUAUCCUGUCUGUAGCCUUAGCUGGUCAAGGAAUUGUAAAAAGCUCCUUUCAGCCUCAACAGAUCACAAUGUAUGUAUAUGGGAUGUUUUAUCUGGAGAAUGUGAACAACGCUAUAGAUUUCCCACACCUAUCUUAAGAGUACAAUUUGAUCCGAGAAAUGACAAGAGAUUCUUAGUGUGUCCUAUGAGGCAUGCUGCACUGCUGGUUGAUACGGACGGGGAACACAAAAUAUUACCUAUAGAUGAUGAUGGCGACAUAAAUGUAAUAGCCUCUUUCGACAGAAGAGGUGACCAUGUCUACACAGGCAAUGCUAAAGGGAAGAUAUUAAUUCUAGACACACAGAGUUUAGCUAUAAAGGCUAGCUUUAAAAUUACAGUCGGAACAUCAAGCACAACUAGCAUCAAAAGUAUAGAAUUUGCAAGAAGAGGAGACUGUUUUCUAGUAAACACAUCGGACCGUGUGAUUCGUGUCUACGACACUAACACAGUCCUGAAGUGCGGCGUCAACGGCGAGCCAGAGCCUAUACAGAAACUACAGGAUCUUGUCAAUAAAACUACGUGGAAGAAAUGCUGUUUCUCUGGUGACGGUGAAUACAUUUGCGCCGGAUCAGCUCGGCAACACGCCCUCUACAUUUGGGAGAAAUCCAUCGGAAACCUUGUCAAGAUCCUUCACGGGACUAAAGGAGAGUUACUUCUAGACGUAGUGUGGCAUCCCAUUAGACCGAUCAUUGCUAGUAUUAGCGCUGGUGUAGUAUCAAUAUGGGCGCAGAACCAAGUGGAGAACUGGUCAGCCUUUGCACCGGACUUCAAAGAGCUGGACGAGAAUGUGGAAUACGAAGAACGGGAGAGUGAGUUUGAUGUAGAAGACGAAGACCGCUCAGUAGACCAGGCUGGAGAGAGCCAUGAUGACGAGGAAGUUGAGGUGGAUGUGACUACUUGCGAACCUGUAGCAGCUUUCUGCAGUUCCGACGAGGAGGGAGAGGACGAACACAUGCUGUCCUUCUUACCCAUUGCACCUGAAAUCGAAGAUCCAGAGGAUGGAUGGGCAGCCACGCAGGAAACUGUAACACCGACAGAAACACCUGAGAAACUGGAGCCAGCUGCUAAAAGGCCGAAAAGCAAAACGUACGAUAUAUCGCUCAAGAUAGCGCCACCUGAACAACCUCUGUCAUUCGGUGGCAAAAACAAAACAGCAGCGGGUAGUAAAAAAGUUGCUGGAAGACCUCGGAAAUAAAGUAUUUAAUUACAGCUCGGUUUUAUUUUUAUGUAUUGAUACAUACGGAUAAAUAUUAUUAUAAUGACACCGCAAUGUAUAUUAGUGAUGCAUCCGAUAUCGAUAAAAAAUAAUAAAUAUUUAUAUUAUAACAUACUUUAUUUUUGGUAAAUCGUAUAAAUGCUAUUGGAUCGUUGAUGCAUUCCUAAUUAUAACACAGAUAUAAGACUUAAUGAAAUGUGAAAUGAUUGUACAAAUAAAACACGUUACUUGUAGGAGAAAACAUUUAUUUUUUCAAAAAAAAUGUCAUCGAUCUCUUUAAUAAAAUUCGUAUUCAGAGUAUACUGUAAGUACCUAUCGGUCGUAUAUAAAUAAAUCUCACUUAAACAUAACCAAAAUAAUAAUACAUUCGCCUAUUCGAGACCAAAAAGACUCAAAAUAUAUAAUAUUUACUUCCUAUCGCUAAACUAAAUCUCCUACGCUAACACAUAAUAUCGUACAGGGCGAGCCGCGACGUGCGGCGCAUAAAUAUAAUUAUCUAUCGCUCGGUAUCAGUAUGUACAGCGCCCGAUGGGCCCCGUCACGCGUCCAUGUCGUCCUCGUGCUGACUGGAGAAGUAGCUAACCAGGCCCCCGAACACCGAGCCCCCCUCCGCCCCUUCCGCGUCGGGCAGCCCCGCACGCGGGGGAGCGACGCCUGCCUCUGUCUUCACAGCGAGCAGGGGCGCGGCGGCCAGCUCGUCCCGCGCGGCCGGGGACGUCCGCGACACUUCGGUGAACUGCGGCGCGAACGGCGCGCCCACUGGGCUGCCGCGCCCCGCCGACACCCCCACGUAGGCCGGCGGACGCAACAUCGGCCGCAAGUGUGCGGGUAGGAAACCCGGCCCGGGGGGGGCCGGCGGCACUGGACCAUGGGGACCUCCGUGCGCUGGGGGACCGAGCGUUGGCGGCCCGUGUGUAGGUGGGGCGCCGUGGCCUGGGGGGCCGUGAGUAGGAGGCCCAUGUGUAGCAUGUCCCUGCCCUGGCGGCCCAUGAGGAGGAGGCCCGUGCGCUGGAGGGCCAUGCGGUGGUGGACCGUGUGUAGGAGGGCCGUGCACUGGCGGCCCAUGCGUAGGUGGCCCGUGUGUUGGCAGCCCGAGCGAUGCAGGGCCAUGCGAUGCCUGCCCGUGGGUAGGGGGCCCGUGUGAAGGCGGCCCGUGCGUGGGUGGGCCAUGUCCAGGGGGCCCGUGGGCGGGCGACUCUAACGAGUGUGGCCUUUCUAAUGAAUGAGGCCUUUCCAGAGAUUGUGGUCGCUCUGAAGACGCGGGGCUCCGAGGUCGUGCUUCAGCUGCAUAAGGAUUAUGUAAAGGAGGAGGCCCUCGGGGUCCAGGCGGCCCUGGACGAUCUGCGGGCCCAGGACCUGGCGCAUAAGGACCGUAAGGUCCAUACUGUGGGGCGUACGGCCCGAGAGGGAACCUCGGUCGUCGGUCUUUGUUCUCCGUAUGUUUUAUUUUGGGAUGUCUGGGUGGCUCGUCACGUGGCGGGGUGGGUUCCCUUGCUGGUGAUCCAGCAGGAGAAUUAUAUUCUGGUUCAGUUUUAACCUCUGCCUUAAUCCGCACAGGCGGCUCAUGUUCUGAUGGUGGCGUAGACCGUGGGGGAGCCGAUGGUGAUGCGGAAGGAGGAUCUCGACCUUGUAGUGCUCCAGCGAGAGGACCCACUAAACCUGGCGCCAUACCGCGAAGUACAGCGAGCGGUCCGCCUGGGCCUGACAGGCCUGGGUUCGGUAGUCCAUGUGGGCUGGAAGUGGGAGGCAUCGCACUGGGAGGGCCGGGUGCGUGCGGUCGAUGUAAGCCGAGCGGUCCGUGGCCAGGGUGCGGCGGCCCGUGUGGCGGGAGGCCGUGACCAGGGGGAGUGGGGCCGUGGCCGGGAGGAGGUCCGUGUCCUGGUGAAGGUCCAUGACCAGGAGAUGGGCCGUGCCCGAGUGGUGGACCGUGACCUGGAGGAGGUAGGCCAUGACCGGGGGGCGGUCCGUGGCCGGGAGGAGGGCCAUGACCGGGAGGAGAGGGUCCAGCGUGGCCUGAGGGUCCGUGAGUGCUGGUAGGAGGUCCGUGGCCGACAGGCAUGGGCCCGUGGGCGGCCGAGGGCGGGCCGUGCGGCAUGGGAUGUCCCCUGAGGUUGGGUGCGGGCGAGGUGGCGGGGUAGGGGCGCGCGGGGUACCCGGCGUGGGGCCGCACGUGCGGGUAGUAGUGCGCCAGCGGGUACAUGGCGCCGCCCGCGCCGCGCGACCCGUACGACGCGCCGCCGCCG